GAAAAGCUCAGAUCGGAAGUCUCGUUGUUGUCGUAGCCUGAAAUCACAAGCGCUCCUCCGGUGUCAGUGCCAGCCAGUGGCUUGCUCGGAGUGGGGCGGUUAUGAUGGUGCGGGCUGCGGUGUUGCUGCUCGGAUGGCUCGGACUCGUAGUGUCGUGCCGGGCUCAGGUGGUCGCUCCCCCCACACUGAAUAUCAGCCUGGACGAGGAUCCAGAGCUGCGAUGGUUGCCUCUUACCAAAGCCUUUGACGUAGACUACCUGAAGAAAGCUGCCGCAGAGGUCAUUGACUCUACAGUCCCAAAAUGGGUGCAUCAUGCAUUGGCACCUGUUGUGACAGCCUUGGCAAAGUAUGUUCCUCAGCCAUAUGCAGGGGAGAUCCGUGGCAUGGCCUCGCACUUGGGAGGAAGCAUCGCAGACGUCAUCAUACUCAACUUUGCCUAUGAAGUAUCUGCAUUUUGCACUAGCAUCGUAGCACAGGACAAAAAUGGGCACGUGUACCAUGGCAGGAACCUUGAUUAUCCACAUCCUGUUCUGAGGAAUCUGACCAUCAACAUAAAUUUCCUCAAGAAUGGAGAGGUGGCGUACAGUGGAACUUCAUUCGCAGGCUACGUCGGCCUGUGGACGGGACAGAGUCCUAAAAAGUUUACCGUCUCUGGCGACCAACGAGGCACUGAACACUGGUGGAACUGGUGGAAGAAUGUGGUGUCUGCCUUCCUCUUUCGGAGGUCCCCAGUCAGCUGGCUGGUUAGGGAGACACUGGAGGAAGCAGAAAACUUCCAGGAUGCUGUGAUGCGUCUCUCCAAAAUUCCCAUAAUCACUGGGGUGUAUUACAUUGUUGGUGGGGUGCGAGCAGGGGAAGGAACCGUCAUCACCAGAGACCGAACGGGCCCCGCUGAUAUCUGGCCACUGGAUCCCUUGAAUGGAGAAUGGUUCAGAGUGGAGACAAACUUUGACCACUGGCUUCCUCCUCCAGCCAGGGAUCAUCGGAGAGAGGCAGCCAACAAAGCACUAAAUGCUACUGGCCAAGAUCACAUCAACAUGGAGACACUUUAUCAGGUUCUGUCGCUGCCUCCAGUGUGUAACGGAAUAACCGUUUACACGACAAUAAUGAGUGCAGCAACCCCAGAGCAGUACAACACAGUUGUAAGGGCACAGGGCUGCCAACCGUCGUGACAGGCCUGGAGCAUUCAACACUGCUGCUGCAGAGCGUCCUUGCGUGCCUGAAUUUAAAAUCAUGGUUACAUGCUGAUUAUGAUCAUGUGGAGAUUACAUAAUCAAUGACAUUAGAGGGGAAUCGGACUCAAGCUUUUUUAGGGUGACAGCACUUUUCUGCUUCUACUAAAAAAAAAUGAAUACAUUUUGUUGCCUUAUGUACUUGCAGUUUAUAUGUCUAGCUUAAUAAAAAUGAUUACUUUAAAGGUUCAUUAAGUAACUCAUUAAGUACAUGAGACAUAUAAUCUGUGAAAAAAAUAUUGUGUUCCUCUGCCUCCUCCCAGUGCUACUAAUGGUAUUCACAAGAAUCCUGAGCAGGAACAACCUAUCAGAGCCAGGAGGAGACUCUAACGCAGCUUUCAAUCAAGUCAAUCACUGCUCAUGCAAUCGCUGCGCCACUCCUCAACAGUGUUCAAGUUACAAGUUACAAGUUGCAAGUUACUCUCAAAAUGUAGUAUAUCACAUAUUAAAAGUUUCCUUCAUUUGAAAGUUAAGUUGCUGAAGUAGAGUAAUAGUUUACUUAUUACAUUACUUUUGUGUUACUUUAACCAAAAUGAGCUCAGAGGAACUAAUAGGCAUUUUAAAUAGAUGAAGGUCAUGUUGUUUCACAGCUGGUGAUCAAAGCACAGAAGCUCCAGUUUAUUACAGAUCAUUUCAACUGCGUGGUUACCACUUUGUGUAAGUAAUAGCGCAAUAAUAUAUAACAAUGAAAUAGCCUAAACCUUUUAAAAUAAAUGAAUAGACACAGGGAGGGUCAGGCAGAGGAUCAAAGUCUGAUAAUUAUGAGAUAUGAUACAUAUGAUAUGAAAUUCAAUAGCCUGAACAAACGUUGAGGUUAGCACAACAAAUUGAGUGGCGUGCACUGAACACUGCGUAAGAACAGGACUGUGUGCCAGGGCUGAUCUGCAGCUGUCGAGGCUAUGAUUGGAAACACAUCCAAUAUAUACUAACAUCACCCAGAUGUGCCGAUCAUUGUGAUGUAGAAAAAUAAAACAGGAGGCCAGCUCCUUAUCUGAGCAGCUUUCAGGCAGCUUUAGGAUGCAAAAGCAAAACAGGAUACAUUGUAGGUAUGUGAAUGAAAACACACUGAAUUUGAUAACGCACAGACACACGACACACAACAACCUUCAGGGGAUAUUUUUUCUUUUGGUGCACUGCCAGAAGUAGAGUGAUGUGAAUCAGUGUGGAUGAAUGAAAAAUGAAAACAAUUAACAGUUUAUUUUUGGUGGUAACAUGUUAUGUGAUAUCGUAAAUAUAAUGAUAUUACCUAUUACCUGUUGGUUACGUGUUUGAUUACUUCGUUACUGCUAAAACAUAUCACUGUAAGCGUUAACCCCAACGCUGCUCUUGAAGCACUCCAAAAGCCAACACUUAGCACAGUAGUUCUCAAAUGAUGUGCCAUGAUGCCAGUUCAGGUGUGCCGUGGGAUUUUGUAAUAACCACACAUUAUUAUGGCAAUAUUCAUCUGGGCCUAUACAAAAAGUUAUGAAUGAAUGAAAAAACCAUCACGGGGAACCUUUUUGUCACCGUUAGCAUGUGAGAAUUACAAGUGUGUGACAUAUCAAAAGCCCUGAUUGGCAGCCAGAGUGCAGAAUGAUAACAUUUAAAAGGAGAAAGUCGUGAGUGGGACAAUGGAUCACUUUAUUGUACAGAGCAUGCACAGGGGAGGUGGCUGCGCAGCAUGUGCACAAGAAGUUAUUGAAAGCUGCGUUAGAGACUCCCCCUGGCUCUGAUUCUGGCACAGUUGAUUCUUGCAAAUGCCAUUAGGAGCACUAGGAGGGGUCAGAGGAACCUGAUUUUUUUUUCAAUUGUCUGCCUCAUGUACUGCUGCUAAUAUAUAGUGACAGUUUCAGCAACUAUUACAUAUAAGUAUUUUCAAAAUAAAAGUUAUCUGCUGUAGCUUUAAUGAUUGUGAUUAUGUGGAGUCAGCUGAAGAGGGGCUGAGUGACAGAAUUCUGAAUGACACUGAUAUACAGUAUAGGUUAAUAUAAACAUGGAUGGAAAAGCCCUUCUAUCUGACACCAGGACAAGUUCUAUGGUAAUUGUGCCUAAGGUGAAAUGUCUCUGAGAUAAACCACUUGUCUGGUUAACUUAUUAGAGUCACUUACUUUUUUUUUUCUUCACUUGGGCUUCACAUUUGCACUUUUGUUUCAGUCAUAGGUGACAUGCAUGAUUUUAGGGGUCAAACCAGCGACCCAUAACUGACUCGGUUGUGUUGUCUAUAACUGGAUGUUGUCCUGGUGCCACAGAGCUCUACAGUUGUGGAUGGCCAGCAGCAGUUUCUCACUACAUAUAGACCUGCAAACUCUAGAGCAGUAAAAAGUUGAUAAGAUCACGUAAGAAUAAACAAAUAUAACACUAUAAUAUACUAUAACAUUUCUCUUUAUUAUUAUUUAUCCCUCACCAUUUCAUAUUGAACAGGAGAGAUGCUGAUAAUACAGAUUAUUUUUUGACUGUAUAGUAAUAUCAUAGACCUUUAAAAGUAAAUUUUGAAAAAGUAGCUAGAGACUUAAGGCAUUAUUCCGUAUAAUGCACAUGAGGAACAGACUCAUAAUUAGUAAUCACUGCAACUGAUAGACUGCAGUGACUCAGGCUUGAUGAAACACAAAGUGGUCAUUUGAGCUCAAACCAGGAUCUCCUUUUAAUGCAUUACGUAAUAUUUUGUUUAUGAACAAUAAAACCAAACUGCAAAAUCUGAAUUAAAUGGAGAAGAUGUUAAGGCUAUGAUAAAGCCAGUAGUGUGAUCUAACAAAGUAAUAAUAUUUUGUUACAAUACUUUAGUAAAGUAUUUGUACUUUUUAUAUUUCUGUCAACUUUCACUUUUACUCCACUACAUCUCCCAAAUGAAAUGUAUACUUUUACUCCACUACGUAUCUACAUAUUGGUGUAAAAGUUAACUUUUUUUUUAAUAAAAUUCUUUAAGUUGUGA